AUGAUUGGUAGAAUGAUCGUAGACAAACAAGAUAGAACUACAGAAAUGAAUUCUAAAGUUAUUUCCAAUAAAAAUGAAAUAAGCAAACCUUUAAACAUUAGUUCUACAAAAUUAGCGAUCAAUGAAAGAUAUAGAAGGCUUAUACCUUAUAUGACAUUUUAUUAUGCCAAUGACUUAGUACCUCCACCAGUUAACGCACAUGUACAAAACUCUAAUAAUGUUGAAGUUGAAAAAGCCAUCAUACAUCAAGCUGAAACAAAUAGACCGAGCGAGCGAGAACCAAAAUUGAUUUAUAAAACACAAAGACACAAAAAUAUUCCGAGAUACACAGGAAAUCGAUUGACUCAGUUCAAUAUAGCUUCAUCUAACCCGACCAAAAUAUUUUAUAAAGAAAUACCUGUUUUAUAUCACAAUAACCUUAAAUCUAGCUCUAAUUACAAAACUCCACCAUUAGAAGAUGGUAGGUUCGCCAAUCGAGAUGUUCCAUUCGAUCGCUAUGUUCCUAAACAAAUCAAGGCUCCAAGUGCACCAUUUACAGUGUCUAAUAAGAAACCAUUUUUAAAUAUCUACCAGAAUGAAGACUUUUCACCUAACGUGCAAUAUUACUCUUCCGACCAGGGAGAAACUCCAAAAUAUAGAUUAGUUCCUUAUGAACAGACUCCGCCCGUAAAAGUUGUAAAUGCUGAUACAGCGAAAAAUCAUUAUAGUUCUCCGGAAUUAAUAUCAAAAGAGUCUGUUUAUAUAAGACCAAGACCAUCUAUUCGUCCGCAUCCCUUCUAUGAAACACAUAAUAACCAAGAAGUACCAACAAGGAAACCAAUAAUAGUAUCAGAAAUUUAUUAUGAAAGACGACCAACCCCUGCAUUAGUUGAACCCGUUGUAGAGAGCGGUUUUAAGCCGAUUUUAAAUUCUCAUACAGAAGCCACUGAGGGGCCCAUAUAUUCUUCAACUGGCCAUGAAGUGAAUGUGCCAUAUCAAAGCAAUUAUAUUGAGAAGCAAAAAGUGCCAGAGGUCGAAUCCAUAUCAACUUCACCUGAAGAUAUUUCUUAUAGACCAGAAUAUAUAAUUAAUAUACCAGAACAUAAACAACAUCAAGAAUCCUCUAAUUCCGUCACCUUGGCAGAACUAUUAAAUUCUUUACAAAUUAAUAAGUCUAUACCAAAACCAAUCACAAGAGAAAACGUAGGAGAUUCAAUAAGGACCUUACUUAAUGUUUUGAACACUUUAAAGGCAGCACCACUACAAAACGAUGUAGGAGUGGCGGUUUUAAGUACACCGAAACCAUUUCAACCCUCUGAGAUUCCAGUGGUAACACCUCAUAAUUCUGUAUCAUCGACACCUAAGGCGCAAGAUCCUGACCUACAAGAGGAACCUUACCUGGCUCCGAUACAUACACCAUCACAAUACUUAGAUGAUUAUCCAAGUGGUAGUGGAAGUACUCAACGAUUUCCGCUCCCCGUGACGUCAGACGAAGAAGGUGGAACUCCUGGCCGACCAGGUAUCGACUACCCAAUAUUAACAGUGAUUCCACCCACAAAGUUCGACUGUAAGACACAACGUUACAAAGGCUUUUUCGCAGAUCCAGAAACUAGGUGCCAGGUUUGGCAUUACUGUGACUUGAAUGGCGGCCAGGCUUCAUUUUUAUGUCCCAAUGGUACAAUAUUCUCCCAAGCAGGUCUAACUUGUGACUGGUGGUUUAAUGUCCGUUGUGCCUCAACUACCCAGCUUUAUGUACUCAAUGAGAGUCUUUACAAAUAUAUUUUACCCCAUUCGCCUAAAUUUCCCGAAGACUACAGUGGUCCAUUAGUUGAUAAAUAUUUGAGCUUAAAAUUCAAAGAAAUGGAAGAACAGUUUAAAAAGAAUAAGAAAAAAUUGGCAUCGGAUAAAACAGAUUCGGACGACGAAACUCAGAGCGAUGAAAAAAAUGCUUCUACUGAAUAUAGUCCAGUUAGUGAUAAAAAAGAUGAAUCUACAGUAAACCGGGCAGACGUGAUUAUUGAAACACCCGGAAGCAGUGGCAAUGUUCAAAGAUUGCAAGAUGAA